GAACAUUUUGUUUAUAGAAACCUAACCUACAAAAACAAACUUGAAAUUACUAUCUUUCUGAAUGUUGGUGUUCUGUUGAAAUGUUCUUCUUCUAGUUUUCGUGUCAGGCAUAGCAGCACUUUUCUGUCAAAAUGGCCAGAGGUCCGAAGAAGCAUUUGAAGCGUUUAAACGCACCCAAAGCAUGGAUGUUGGACAAAUUAGGAGGUGUGUUUGCUCCUCGUCCUAGUACUGGUCCACACAAACUUCGAGAGUCGCUACCGUUAUUGAUAUUUUUGCGUAAUCGUCUGAAGUAUGCACUUACUGGUGCUGAAGUUACAAAGAUUGUCAUGCAAAGAUUGAUCAAAGUUGAUGGCAAAGUUCGUACAGACCCGAAUUAUCCUGCUGGUUUCAUGGAUGUUAUAUCGAUUCAAAAGACCAGUGAACACUUCAGAUUAAUUUAUGACGUGAAAGGUCGUUUUACCAUUCACAGAAUUACUCCUGAAGAAGCGAAAUACAAGCUAUGUAAAGUAAAGAGGGUACAAACUGGACCCAAAGGUGUACCAUUUUUAACAACUCAUGAUGGCCGUACUAUCCGUUACCCUGACCCCAACAUCAAGGUUAAUGAUACUAUUAGAUACGACAUUGCAUCAUCUAAAAUUUUAGAUCAUAUCCGUUUUGAAACUGGAAACUUGUGCAUGAUUACUGGAGGUCGUAACUUGGGGCGUGUUGGUAUUGUUACCAACAGGGAAAGGCAUCCUGGAUCUUUUGAUAUUGUUCACAUUAAGGAUGCAAAUGAACAUAUUUUUGCUACUCGUAUGAACAACGUUUUUAUUAUUGGAAAAGGUCAAAAGAACUACAUUUCUCUGCCAAGGAGUAAGGGAGUUAAAUUGACUAUUGCUGAGGAACGUGACAAGCGUUUGGCUGCAAAAACCAAGUCAAGCAGACGUUAAAAACUUGUUUUUGCAUUUUUUAUGUGGUUUAAAUAAAUGACAUAAAAUACUAAUAUGUA